GUAAGGCCUCCUCCUACACUUGAAGUACUGGACCAACUUGGACCCACUUUUUCAACAACUUUUGAGUCCUUUGCUUUGACUAGAUUACAACUCUCAAAGGAAUUAGAGAACAUUAGCUGUUUUUCAUGGGCUAAACUGUAAAGAGCAAGCGGUUUGGGAAACGUCCGCAGAUUUUUCUUUCACUUUGGUUUUUCCAGCAUUCCUCUUUGUUGCAGAAACAGAUGCUUCUUCCUGUUAAUGUGAGAGUGAAACAUUCCCACUGUAGUUAUGUGUUUAAGUGAAUUAUGCUGGAUGUUUUUGCAGGCCUGCAACAGUUCAGGCUGCCUUUUAUGAGUGGCUUAGCUUGAUCACUGAGACUGUGUAUUUAUUUAUUUUGCCACUGAAUGCCUUCAAUGUAAUUAAUAAUUCUAGACAUGAUUAGUAAGGAAAAAGUAAUGGUCCAAUAAUUGUCUUUUGCUGUUUUGUUUUUCUCAGUGAGUGGCUUUUUUUUUUUCUUUUCAGUUCCGCUAUCUGCACAAAGUCUUAGAAAUGACAUUUGGACGUGUAUUGUGACACAAAAGUGUCAAAGUACACAAGCUACAAAUUGCCUUUACCUGCAGGAGCCUGUGAAAAGUGUGUGUGCGUGUGUGUCGUUCAACUGUAAAAAUUUUUAAGCAAUGAUCUAAUAUCUCUUACCAGUGCGUGUUGCAUAAUGUAUAUAACGGUUAACGGUUCCUAUUCUCAGUAGAGGAGUAUUGUAGUGCAAAUAGAAAACUCUUGUAAAAAUCUAAAUGUUUUCACACCCUAGCUGAGUAAAAUAAUUGUUCAUUCGGCUGAAGACCUCCUGGGACCCUCUGACCGACCCCUGACUGCACUGGAAAAGACUUCUUGGUUUGGUUGACGUUUUCCGAGGAGAAAUCACCUCCUCGCAAUGUCCUGUAACUCAGACCCUUACGUCUUCUCCACCGACACCCUACCCAGUGACCUCCGCUUCCUCCCUCCACUGGCCAACGGGCUUCUGGGCUGGAGGGUGUACAACAAUGUCAUGCACAUAGGCGGUGUGUAUAACGGGGAGGGUGGACGUUGUCACCGAGCAGAUGUUCCCUGUCCCCUAGCUGCUAAAGUUGAGAUCGAGGAACCUGCCCAACAUUCCUACAGUCUGGACACACACACAGGCGUUUUUACACACACGCUGAGCUCACCCAGAGCAACUGCCUCACAGUCGUUGUAUUCACAUCGCUACAACUCCAACCUGAUGGUGAUGGAGAUUUUGCUGGUGCGGCAGUUGACGUCUGAGGAGCCAAUAACUGUCAAGCUGGUCAGUUCGUUCACACCUCAGAGCAAAGACAUUGUUUUUGAGUCUGGUCCUGAUUACAAAGGAGGGAGGCACAUCCAGGGACAAACUACCACUGCUGAGUUCCCUGGCAGCUCCUGCCCCUCAGUUCACCUUAUCUGGACCCCCAUACCUCUGACUCUGACGCUGCUCCCUGAACAGAGCCAGGUUCGCUGGGGCUUCAUCCUGGUUGUGGCCAACAGUUUAGCCUCUGCUCAGGCCAGUUUCGAUGAGGGCCUGAAUCUGAUGGCGAGCGGUAACCUGCGUCCGUCUCACGAGAAGGCCUGGAAAGAGCUGUGGCUUCAGAGCAGGGUGGAGGUGACCGGGUCAGAGAGCCUGGGCAAGGCUCUGAUCGGCUGCAUGUUCUACCUCCUCAGCGCCUUCCCCUCCAUCCAUGACACCUCCAGCUCGUUUGGUGGAGUCAGUCCAGGCGGGCUAUCUAAUGGUGGGGAUGGUCAGGACUACUGGGGCCACGUUUUCUGGGACCAGGACAUCUGGAUGUAUCCUGGGAUAGCCCUUUUCUACCCCAAGUUAGCCCGCGCUGUGCUGGAGUACAGGGUGGGGACUAUAGAUGGCGCAAAAGACAACGCCCAAAAGCAGGGCUACAAGGGACUAAAGUUCCCGUGGGAAAGUGCCGUUUCAGGGAGGGAGGUGUGUCCAGAGGACAUCUAUGGACAACAAGAGAUUCACAUCAAUGGAGACGUCACCCUGGCCUUCCAACACUAUCUCUACCUCAGUGAGGAUCUGUCCAUGUUCAGAGAGGGACAGGGCAGCGAGGUGAUUUAUGGUGUGGCUGAUUACUGGGUUUCCAGAGUAACAUGGAACCCCGAGGACCAGAGGUAUCACCUCCUAGGUGUCAUGCCACCUGAUGAGUAUUAUUACAACGUCAACAACUCUGUGUAUACAAACACAGUGGCCCAAUUCAGUCUCCAGUUCGCUGUAGAGUUGGCUGAUCUCCUCCAACAUCCUGCACCAAAGGAAUGGAAACAAGUGGCCGAACACAUCAAGAUACCUUUCGACAAACAAUCCCAGUACCAUCCCGAGUAUGAUGGCUAUAUUAAAGGUCAUCCAGUGAAGCAGGCAGACACGGUGAUGCUGGGCUAUCCUCUUGGACUGCCAAUGUCUUCGGAGGUGAGAAGAAAUGAUCUAGAAGCGUAUGAGCCCGUGACAGACCCUCAUGGUCCAGCGAUGACAUGGGGUAUGUUUGCAAUCGGCUGGCUGGAGUUGGGGGAGGCUGAGAGAGCUCAGCAUUUACUUGAGAAGUGCUUCAGCAACAUCCAGGGCCCGUUCCAGGUAUGGAGUGAAUCAUCGGAUGGCUCUGGUGCAGUCAAUUUUCUCACGGGUAUGGGAGGAUUCCUGCAAGCUGUGCUGUUUGGUUAUACUGGCUUCAGAGUUCAGAAGGAAUGCCUGGCCUUUUCCCCGCUUCUUCCCAAAGACAUUUCUGAGCUCUGCAUUCGUGGCGUGAACUACCUGGGUAGUCAGAUGGACUGGCUGCUGAGGAAAGAGGAAGUUUGUAUCAUACUGAGGGAACACUCAAGAAGUGAAUGCAACGCUAAGCCCUACGAUCUACAGGUUGUCCUGAAGGCAUCAGGAACUAAAAUCCCUCUCACACCAGGGCAGCCAGUAACUUUUCCUCGAGAGCCUGGGUGUGUUUGUAAACUGGUUUCGACGUCCUCCUGCUGGCCUUUCUGAAACAGGAGCCCCGGCCCUCCAAAUCAUUUCAAUUACGCAUAAUUAAAAAUAUGUUGAGCAAGUUAUUUUAUAUCUACGCUGCUAUUUUGUAUGUUGUUCACUUUACCAACCAUGGACAAAAGGGCAACAUGAAUUCCAUGUUUUUUUUUUUUACUCCAGCUACGUCACAGAGCCGGAUCACAAAUAAGCUUUAAAGGAUUUACACAAUGUAAUUGGACUGUUUUUAUCUUCUCUUUUUUUUGGAUUUAAUAAAAAGAAAAAUGCAAAAAGAGAAUUUGAUGUGAACUCAGUGGAUGUUGCCUCUGGCUGGUAGGGAUGUAGAACCUGCUCCUUUCUUCAUUUUACAGAAUAUUGCGAAAAAGGAAAAGGUUUGAUACAUGACAAUUUGCCAGUUUUAAAAUUCACGACACAGUGGCUUACAAACAUUUCUCUUAAUUUAUUUACAUUACUUAGAAUACUCUCUGAAUAAGCUCAUGGUUCUAUAAUAGGCCAUGCUACCAAUCUAUAAACC